AUGGCGCCUCGUGAUCCUAACACCUUGGCUAACUAUGCUGAUUGGGGUAUGAGGCAUACAACAGUUAACUUCAAGGUCAACUUUGAGAAGAAGCGGCUGGAAGGUUCUGUCACCUUAGAGCUAGAGUCUCUAACAGACAAGAAGAGCCACGAGAUCAUUCUCGACACCAAUCAUCUGUCUAUUUCAUCGGUAAAGCUCGACUCCGCAAAGUCGGAUUGGGCUGUCAAAGAUCGGGUUGAGCCAUAUGGCGCCCCUCUUUAUGUUUCCGUGCCGGAUGGCGUAUCCCAGGGGGGUAUUGUGAAGCUAGAUAUCGCUCUAGAGACUACUGAACAAUGUGUCGGCUUGCAGUGGAUGACCCCAGCUCAGACCGGUAACAAGAAGCAUCCGUAUGUCUAUUCUCAAUGCCAGGCAAUCCUAGCUCGGUCCAUCUUCCCGUGUCAAGACACCCCGGAUGUCAAAUCCACUUUCACUUUCAACAUCACAUCGCCUCUUCCCGUAGUUGCGAGUGGGCUUCCUGUACCCUCAGACCCGAACAGUAGCGGAGAUGGCGACAAGCUAUUCCGCUUCGAGCAAAAGGUCCCUAUUCCCUCAUACCUAUUUGCAUUGGCCUCGGGAGAUAUCGCCACUGCGCGUAUUGGGAAACGAUCCGUGGUAGCUACAGGUCCGGAGGCCCUCGAGGGUGCGAAAUGGGAGCUCGAGUCGGACUUGGACAAAUUCCUUCAAGUGGCAGAGAAGCUUAUCUUCGACUACCAGUGGGGCGAAUACAACGUAUUGGUAUUGCCCCCUAGUUUUGCUUACGGAGGAAUGGAAAACCCCAUCUUCACUUUUGCUACGCCUACUAUCAUCAGCGGGGACCGUCAGAACGUGGAUGUUAUUGCACAUGAGUUGAGCCACAGUUGGAGUGGCAAUCUCGUAGGCUGCGCAUCGUGGGAACACUUUUGGUUGAAUGAGGGAUGGACUACCUAUCUCGAACGGCGUAUUGGUGCCGUGGUCCACGGCGACCCUCAGUUUGACUUCUCAGCUAUUAUUGGCUGGAAGGCUCUUGAGGACUCUGUCUCGCUAUUUGGGGCUGAUCACGAAUUCACUAAACUCAUCAUCAACCAUAAAGGGGUGGAUCCUGAGGAUGCUUUCAGCUCGAUUCCCUACGAGAAGGGCUUCCACUUCCUCUACUAUCUUGACAGGCUUGUGGGGCGAGAGCACUUCGAUAAGUUCAUCCCGCACUACUUCAAGACAUGGGCCAAUAAGUCUCUGGACUCAUUUGAGUUCAAGAAGACGUUCCUGGACUUCUUCGAGGGGUAUGGCAACGGUGAAAUCAAGGAGAAGAUUGCCACUAUCCCGUGGGAUGAGAAGUUUUAUCAGCCAGGCUUGCCCCCGAAGCCCGACUUCAACACGGUUUACGUCGAUAGUUGCCUGGCGCUUGCGGAGAAGUGGAAGAGCGAGGACUACCAACCGACUGCCAAAGACGUUGAAUCAUUCACAGCGAACCAGCUACGUGUCUUUUUGGAAGCCGUGCAGAGCUUCUCGAAACCUCUUACGGCGGAAAGGUCUCACCUCCUGGGAACCACCUAUGAUAUCAUUUCUUCGAAGAACGUCGAGUUAAAAUCGGCGUACUAUGUCAUCGCCCUGACAGCCGGAGACAGACGAGAACUUCCUGGUGUCGUUGAACUUUUAAGCUCUGUAGGCCGUAUGAAAUUCGUGAGGCCAUUGUUCAGGAAGCUCAAGGAGUUGGAUUAUGACUUGGCCGUGAAAACUUUCAAGGAGAACAAAGAUUUCUACCCGUCCACUACGAAGGGACAGCUAGAGAAGGAUUUAGGUCUGAAAAAGUAAAUGGCUUGGAUUUUCGGGCUUGCUCUACUCAUCUACUACCUACAUACCCAUGCACUGCUUAAAGGACCGGAAAAGCGCAAUGAAAAAUGAUAGGUAAAUAUAGUAUUACCUAUGAAUGAUUUGUAUAGUCUUCAUCUGUCGGGGCUGUUGGUGCUGGUAAAUUGCUAUGUAAUAUGAUACUAUCGUAUGAUUUGAUUGGAUUUGUGACGUUGCAACAGACGAAAUUUGAAGAAACCGUCAGUGCCAUGUGGUUGACGUGUGAACGUUGAAAUGACUGUUAGGCCUUGAAACUGAGAAUAAGGUGUUGAGGCCUAAGAUUGAACUGUACUGCUACUCCUACUAUAUAUGUAUGCACAUACCUACAGUAUAUGUACCGAGGUUGAGAGUAGGUAAUCAUAUCAUUGAUGUGGAAGCUGCUACUUGGUUUGAUCCUUUG